CUACGUUCCAACCAACCCCACAUUCUGCGGUGAACUUUUUUCUUCAAUUUUACACACUCUAUAUGCUCAGAUUAUUGUUCUCUGCUAAUCUGAAUAUAUCAUUCUUCUUUUAGCACAUUGAAUCAAGGGGUUCUUGUUUUCUCUCCUUGUUAAUAGGGGAGAUCAUUUCUCUGCAAAUCUUGUUCAGUUUCACAUUUUUCACCGUUAGUCGUGGUUGAUGAGAUCGCAAUAGUCAGGACAAAGAGCAGACAGAAAAAUAUCAAGAAUCGAUUUUUUUUUUUUCAGUUCAGACAUUGUCAUCUUCUCAGAACUCGCUGUCCUGGAAAAAAAAGGCAAUCUUUUUUACAUUUGUGGGAAAAUGAGUAGAGUUGGUGUAAUUGAAGAAGAGGAGAGAGUAGAAGCAAUGGAGAUUGAAAGAGAAGAAAGAGAAGAAACGGAGGAAGUGAAAGAUCUUAAUGAAGAAGUGAAGAGAAUUCCACCGUGGACGAAACAGAUUACAGUACGAGGAAUUGUGGCGAGUGUGUUGAUUGGAUUCAUUUACAGUGUGAUAGUAACGAAGCUUAAUCUUACUACCGGACUUGUUCCGAAUCUCAAUGUCUCUGCUGCUCUUCUUGCCUAUGUACUCGUACAAUCAUGGACCAAGGUUCUUAAAAAGGCCAAUUUUGCAACCAUUCCGUUUACUAAACAGGAGAAUACUAUUAUUCAGACUUGUGCUGUUGCAUGUUACAGCAUUGCUGUGGGAGGUGGAUUUGGAUCAUAUCUUUUGGGACUGAACAAGAAGACAUAUGAGCAAGCAGGAGUUGAUACAAAUGGCAAUACCCCAGGGAGCCACAAGGAACCUAGACUUGAUUGGAUGAUCGGUUUUCUCUUUGUUGUUAGCUUUGUUGGGCUAUUAGCCUUAGUUCCUCUUAGAAAGAUCAUGAUAAUUGACUAUAAAUUAGCCUAUCCAAGUGGGACUGCGACUGCUGUUCUAAUCAAUGGAUUUCAUACACCCAAGGGAGAUAAAAUGGCCAAGAAACAGGUUAAAGGGUUCAUGAAAGUUUUCUCAGUCAGCUUCUUAUGGAGUUUCUUUCAGUGGUUCUAUUCUGGUGGAGAAACAUGUGGAUUUGCUCAAUUCCCCACAUUCGGACUGAAAGCUUGGAAGAAUUCGUUUUUCUUCGAUUUCGACAUGACUUAUGUGGGAGCUGGAAUGAUUUGUUCCCACCUUGUGAACUUGUCUUUGCUUCUUGGAGCUGUGCUUUCUUGGGGUGUCAUGUGGCCUCUAAUUACUGAUCGCAAAGGAGCUUGGUUCCCUGCAACUUUAAAAGAGAGCAGUAUGAAGAGUCUAACGGGUUACAAGGUUUUUAUCUCCAUUGCUCUCCUCCUGGGAGAUGGCCUUUACAACUUUGUCAGGACACUUUAUUUCACCCUUAGAAGCAUAUAUAUCACGAUGAAGAAAAAAAGGCCCGAAUCAUCAGCCUCGGACAACAAGGAUCUGCCACUCGAUGAGCUGCAAAGAAACGAAAUAUUCAUCAGAGAGAGCAUUCCCUUCUGGCUAGCUUGUAUUGGCUACGUGGUUUUUUCCGUUAUCUCCAUCAUUGUCAUUCCGAUUAUGUUCCCUGCAUUGAAGUGGUAUUACGUGCUUGUUGCCUACAUUUGUGCACCAUUUUUGAGCUUUUGCAAUGCUUAUGGUGCCGGUCUAACUGACUUGAAUAUGGCAUACAAUUAUGGGAAAGUGGCUCUCUUUGUGCUUGCUGCAUUAUCCGGGAAAGAGAAUGGUGUUGUUGCCGGACUUAUUGGAUGUGGACUGAUUAAAUCAAUGGUUUCUAUAUCCUCUGACCUGAUGCACGAUUUUAAGACGAGCCACCUCACCCUCACUUCACCGCGUUCCAUGCUACUUAGCCAAGCUAUUGGAACUGCCAUUGGCUGUGUCGUAGCGCCUCUUACAUUUUUCAUAUUCUACCAAUCUUUUGCUGUUGGGGACCCCAAUGGGGAGUACAAAGCUCCUUAUGCACUCAUUUAUCGGAACAUGGCGAUUUUAGGGGUUGAAGGCUUCUCUGCUCUGCCUCGCCAUUGCUUGCAGCUCUGUUAUGGUUUUUUCGGCUUUGCUAUAUUGGCCAACUUGGUGAGAGACAUAAUCCCUGAGAAAUUCGGGAAGUGGGUUCCCCUUCCGAUGGCUAUGGCUGUGCCUUUCCUUGUUGGGGCUUCCUUUGCGAUUGAUAUGGCUGCGGGCAGUUUGGUUGUAUACGCAUGGCAUAAACUCAACAGCAAGAAGGCGGAUUUGAUGGUUCCUGCAGUCGCUUCAGGAUUGAUUUGUGGUAAUGGAAUAUGGAUUCUUCCAUCAGCACUACUUGCUUUGCUCAAAGUUAGGCCUCCAAUUUGUAUGGCUUUUUCAGUCGGACAGACAUCGUGAUAUUUUCAUGAUUCUUGAAACCAAGGAGUAGGUAUGGAAAUGAGAUAACUUAGAAACAUGUUUGAAGGAUGUACCUAGCAAAAAGUUUUGUCAUUUGUAGGUACAAUUUAGAAGAAUAUAUAGUAUGAUAUUAGCUAAAAAUGGCUUCAACUUUUGUAGAUGGCCUGAAAUGCCUAAAAUGUGGCGGUAGAAAGUUGAUUAUUCUCAAAAUAUUUGCUGCC